AUGAUUGGUAUCGGAAUGGAAGGCUCUGCCAACAAACUUGGCGUGGGCAUCAUGCUACACCCCAACGACGGCAGCCCGCCUCGAGUCCUCGCGAAUGUCAGACACACCUACGUCUCCCCUCCCGGUGAGGGGUUCCUCCCCAAGGACACGGCGCGACACCAUCGGUCGUGGGUGGUGAAGCUGGUGAAGAAGGCGCUCAGGGAUGCUGGCGUUUCUGUCAAGGAUGUGGACUGCAUUUGCUAUACUAAGGGCCCCGGGAUGGGUGCGCCUUUGCAGAGUGUGGCUGUCGCGGCGCGGAUGUUGAGCUUGUUAUGGGGGAAGGAAUUGGUUGGAGUGAAUCAUUGUGUUGGACAUAUCGAAAUGGGUCGAUUGAUUACAGGCUCCACAAACCCCGUCGUACUCUACGUCUCCGGAGGAAACACACAAGUAAUCGCAUACAGCUCGCAACGAUACCGCAUCUUCGGAGAGACCCUCGAUAUCGCAGUUGGCAACUGUCUGGACCGAUUCGCCCGCACAUUACACAUCUCCAACGACCCAGCGCCGGGGUACAACAUCGAGCAAUUGGCCAAGAAGGGCAACAAACUGAUCGAGCUUCCUUACACCGUCAAGGGCAUGGACUGCUCAUUCUCGGGAAUCUUGGCUGCCAUUGAUGGAUUAGCAGCAAGCUACGGUCUAGGUGGACAGGGCAAAGAUGACGAAAGUAAUGGCGACGAUGAUAAACCCACCCGCGCGGACCUGUGUUUCUCACUCCAGGAGAACAUUUUCUCGAUGUUGGUUGAGAUUACAGAGCGCGCCAUGGCACAUGUCGGUUCGAAGGAAGUCUUGAUCGUCGGUGGUGUAGGAUGCAACGAACGACUGCAGGACAUGAUGGGGAUCAUGGCUCGAGACCGUGGUGGUAGCGUCCAUGCGACGGACGAACGCUUCUGUAUCGACAACGGAAUCAUGAUUGCGCAGGCUGGUAUGCUCGCCUACGAAACAGGUCUCCGGACGCCAUUGAAGGAAUCGACCUGUACGCAACGGUUCCGGACGGAUGAUGUGUUUGUCAAGUGGAGGGAAUAA